AUGCAAGACUUCAGCAACAACGAAAACUUGACGAAUGGAAGGAUGGAUAUCCCUACCUCAGACCCACAAUAUGACCCCAAUUGGGGUUUUGUUGGCGCUGAGGCUGGGCGUAAAUCAGAGCACAUCGGACUCAGUCUUUACACUGGCUGGAUGUAUCCAACCCCUGAAACAACGGGAGCGCCGUACUUCAACCUUUCAGCUGGCUGCAUGGUGCAUCCAGCCGAGAGAAAUGACUUCGCAACUCUCGCCUCUCCCAUCCCACUUGGAUUUGGCGAUGCACAAAGCCAAGCAGCAUUGAAGGCUCCCACCGCGGCAGCCACAGCUCCAGCUCCAGUGGGGAACACAUUUGCUUCUGACAUUCCACUUGGAUUUGGCAAUGCACAGGACCAAGCAACCUUCACGGUUCCUACUCCAGCAGUAAAUUCAUUUGCAUGUUCAAUUCCUGGAUAUUACAGUGUACAACAAGGCCAAGCGAUAUUCACGGCUCCUGUAGCACCGGCCACCACUCCUGCUCCGGCUGUGAGCUCAUUUGCCUCUAACAUUCCACUUGGAUAUGGACAUGCACAAGGCCAAGCAGCGUCCACCUCUCUUGGAGCAGGGGCCACGACCUCUGCUCCAGCUCCAGCCGUUAACACCUUUGCUUGCACCCAAUCACGCUGCCAAGCCUCUUUCAAGCGCGACACUGAUCGCAUCCGCCAUGAAGCUUCCAAGCAUGGCGUGAAUGGAACUCUCCAUUUCUGUCAGGUCUUGGGAUGCCCCAAGAGUCUGGGUGCGGGGUAUACCCGCAGGGACAAGUUGACGGAGCAUAUGUGGAAGAAGCAUGCUAACUUGGGUUUUGUCAAGAGAGCCCAUUGA